AUGUUUCUCUCUUUGAGGGCGCUACUCUUCGUUUCUUGCUUAAUUGAAGCUCUUGCCAUCCCUGUGGGCAAAAGCCUGCCAGGGCAGAAAGUACCGGCUGAUGAAUCCAAGGCUUCGAAAUCUCGCGUCGAGAUAAGUCGGUCUUUAAUUGCGCUUGGUGAAGCACAGAGAAUCACAACCAGUGGCAAAGAAGCUUAUAUUUAUUCUCGAGGCGCUUCGAAUUCGAUUCACAAAUAUGAAAGGCAUCAGAUGCCAGCGCUUGGAAACUUCGAAACAACGAAAGACCAUGCAGCUAUGGACAUCAGUCCGCUAGCUAAGUGGACAGAACAUUCCGUUCGUCCGAUGUCAAUCAUGAAGAAAACCACGUAUCUACCAGCUCAGCCAAUCAGCGCACAUGGUAAUGCGGAACGGUUGCCAAGGCCAAGUUUGUCGCAGAAUUCAUCAGCAAGUGGGAACGAGGAAUAUGUAGUGACAACCUCCACAGAUACACCACACAUUGAUGAAUUUUUGGAAACUUUAGAUGAUCAAAGCACAGAUUCUGAGAGUCAAGCAGGUAAUGAAUGGGUAGGGACUGGAGACCUGAGGCGCUGUGUAUCAGAAAUGAAAAAGCUGCAUCCGGAAAUGCGGGAUGCCGUCGCCAGCGACCUGUGCACGUCGCCCGGCUUCAGUGACGCCGUAUUAUUUGCUGGCACCAUAGUGUGCGCAGAACUUGUAAUGUACAAUAUUAUGAUCUUGGUGCUUGUGAUCUCUGACAAACGUUCACGAACCUGA